AUGUCGGAAGGUCAGUUUCAUCGCUUCUUUCUUUACAAAUCCUAAAAAAAACUUUCAUGUUUGCAGGAGGAGAAUCAAAGCCUGAGAAAAAGAAGGACGGCAAGAAGGGUUUCGACACCCGCAAGUUCCUGAUCGAUCUCGCGUCUGGUGGAAGUGCCGCUGCCGUUUCCAAGACCGCCGUCGCGCCAAUCGAGCGCGUCAAGCUGCUUCUCCAAGUGCAAGAUGUCUCCGCGACGAUCACCGCCGACAAGCGCUACAAGGGAAUCAUCGACGUGCUGGUGCGCGUGCCGAAGGAGCAGGGAGUUGCCGCUCUUUGGAGAGGAAACCUGGCUAACGUCAUCCGCUACUUCCCGACCCAGGCGCUCAACUUUGCCUUCAAGGACUACUACAAGGACAUGUUCCAAAAGGGACUUGACAAGAAGAAGGAUUUCUGGAAGUUCUUCGCUGGAAAUCUGAUGUCUGGAGGAGCCGCCGGAGCGACGUCGCUUUGCUUCGUCUAUCCGUUGGACUUCGCGCGUACUCGUCUGGCUGCUGACGUCGGAAAGGGAGCCGAUCGUGAGUUCAAAGGACUUGCCGAUUGCCUCGUCAAGAUUGUCAAGUCUGACGGUCCGAUUGGUCUCUACAGGUGAGAGAACAAAAAAAGCAAAAACUGAAAGUUCUUUUAUAGAGGCUUCUUCGUCUCUGUCCAGGGUAUCAUCAUUUACCGUGCCGCGUACUUCGGAAUGUUCGACACCGCCAAGGCAGUCUUUACCAGUGACGGAAAGAAGCUCAACUUCUUCGCCGCCUGGGGAAUCGCCCAAGUCGUCACUGUCGGAUCGGGAAUCCUCUCCUACCCAUGGGAUACCGUCCGUCGUCGCAUGAUGAUGCAGUCUGGCCGCAAGGACGUCCUCUACACGAGCACUCUCGACUGCGCCGUCAAGAUCAUCAAGAACGAGGGAAUGUCCGCUAUGUUCAAGGGAGCUCUCUCGAACGUCUUCCGUGGAACUGGUGGAGCUCUCGUCCUCGCCAUCUACGACGAGAUUCAGAAGUUCAUCUAA